UAAAUCCCUGAUCAAUAAAGUGUCAACGAAACACAGAUUCUGAAAAUGUUACAGAUUGAACUGAGUAAUUUGUUGUUGGAAAAAACAAUCAGAGAGUGCCUUAGCACAGAAAUAGAAAGCUUAAAAGGUAUCCAAAGAACCUUCACUGACUUCGACUUCACAACCUAUCAAGUCUCCAACUCGACAGCUAAACACUUGGUAGUUGUUUCAAUUUACGUUAAAUGUUGGCUGGAUUUAGUCAACUAUGGCGUUGAGGAAUACUUAGAAGCAAAAUAUGCCAAGUUCAACAAGGUGUUACAAAAGAUUGAAACUGAAGCUGGUUACGACUUUUCAUUUGUGUUGGACUUGAGUGUAGCACAGAAAGAAGAUGUCGAGUUCAAAGAGGAAUUAGUCUCCGAACUUGCAAACUUAAAGAGAAACUCUAUUGCAGCCCCUUUUGAAAAAGCGUUUAGCAGAUACGAUGAGUUGGCCGAAACAUAUGCCAAUUCCAAUGUUUAUUCUGAGGAGGUUAAACAAGAAUUGGAAAAUGAAUCAAUUUUGACUAUCAACUACAGAGGGUUGGAUGAAAGUAUUUACAUCAAACCGUCUUUCGAUAGAGUCACUGUCAUCUUUUCAACGAUUUUCAAGGAUGAAACUGACAAGAUCUUUGGUAGAGUGUUUUUGCAAGAAUUUGUUGAUGCCAGAAGAAGAACGGUUCAAACUGCUCCACAAGUAUUGUACUCCCACAUUGAGCCCCCUCUUGAUAUAAGGAAUGUAAUUCAAGGACGUGCUGAUGACAAUAAAGGGUAUGUUACAUUUGUCCUCUUCCCUAGGCAUCUAGUCAAAGGUGAUAGAAGACAGAAUUGCAUUUCUCACAUUCAGUUCUUCAGAAACUAUUUCCACUACCACAUCAAGUGUGCCAAAGCCUACAUGCAUUCACGAAUGAGAUUUAGAGUCAAGGAGUUCUUGAAAGUUUUGAAUAGGGCCAAGCCUGAAAACGUUGAUGAUGAAGGAAAGUUGAUUGAAAAUAGAAAAACAGCCAGUGGAAGAAGAUUUGAAGUCGGUAGAGGUUGAAAUGAAAUCCUUAUUCUAUAUAUACAUUAUAUGUGAAGCUAGUUAUUUACAAAAUUUAAAGGUAUAACCACCAAUCACUGUUGAGGUUUCUUUACUCCAUACUUUGAUCUAGAAGUAGCCCUAUUCGCUACACCAUUUAAAUCGUAUGCUCCUCUCACAAGCUUAUAGUUCACUCCUGGUAAAUCUUGAACCUUUCCGCCUCUCACCAACACAACAUGAUGCUCUUGUAAAUUAUGUCCUUCUCCCGGUAUUAAAGCUGUAAUAACAUUCCCAUUAGUCAAUCUUACUCUGCAACAUUUUCUUUGAGCCGAGUUAGGUUUCUUUGGUUUCACAAUCAUCACUCUCAACACAACCCCUUUCUUGAAUGGGUUUCCCUGUAAGUGAGGAGCUCCUGGAAUAUAUGGUUUAUUUGGUAUGCCUUGUUUUCCACUCUUAAUCUGGUUUAAGGUGGCAUACCUUUUCUGGUAGUUGAAGGCUUGUGGAAUAAGGGAAGUUUGAAUACCGACGUUUUGCUUUAUGCUAGAAACGUAGUUCGUGGACAGUAAUGCAGGUUUAACCACCUUUAUACCGCUUAUUAAAGAUCUGAACAUAUUAAAGUCGGCCUUGACCAAGAUG